AUGCCUUCUCCAGUAUCAGCUUUGCCAUACUCUGGUCAACGAGAUUCAACAACGUCCUCCACCAAUGCUACAACCACUGCUCCUCCUUUGGAAUUACCGCCGAUUCUCGAUAUGUCAUCCCAUUGCCAUACUACAACUACUACAACUAGUAGUAUAGUCAACGGCCCGCCUUCACCAACUUCACCACAAAAACCAGAUGACAAACAACAUGAGGAGUUGCUCAUCUCGUCGUCGCCAGUGGCAAUGUCAAGGUUGCAAGAAGCUGCUGUUGCACCUGCCUUUUUGGAACCUGCUCCGCAGUUGGACAAUCAUCGUAUCAGCCACUAUGAACCCGCGUUUCGACCAUUGCUCUUUUCCACCUUUAAGGGCAACCCUUUCCGAUCCUCCUCUACUAGUUGUCAUUCAUCCACUACCGAUACUGCUUCUACAGACUCAUCCACAUCCAAUGGAAGCCCACGAAAGUGGAAAUUCUUUACCCACAAGAUACCAUCAUUGCAAAUACCCGUUCCUCGUCGAUCUUUUCCAGUCCUUCAACCCAAGUCGCGUGGUGCUUCUUCUUCAUCAUCCAAGGAAAACAACCAUCAUCAGCAACAGCAUCAUCAUCAUCAUCGUACUACUCGUAACCAACAGCAACAACAACAACAUCCUAAUCAUCAGCCACAGCAACAGAUCAUGGAAAGAGAUGAUCAGCCUCAAUAUCGAGAUGUAUACUCACCCAUGUCACCUACAAUGGCCUCUGCCUCUGCUGCAGCUGCUGCAGCUGCUGUAAAGCAUCAUCCAGGAUCAUCAGUGGCGGAAGCAUUUCUCAAAUGUCUACGGUUGUCGGGCUUACAACGACAAUCAACCACGCCACCACCUCCUUGUUCAUUGUCGUCAUCUUCGUCAUCAACGCACAGUAGCAGCAGUGAAGAUGAAACAGCAUUGCUUGAAGAACAAGAUCCUGCAACUCGAUUAGCAGCUGAAGCAUUGGCAGCUGCGUCAGCAGAUGCGCAUCACCGUGCGGCACAAGGUGAACAACUCGUAUCACUUGUGAUGCACCAAAAAAAGCGAUCAUCAUCGUCGGGCCUGGAUCACUCGCAAUUUCUUACAAAGAACGCCCAUAUUAAACGACCACGCAACGCAUGGAUUCAUUUUCGUUGCCAUUAUGGUCAAGCGCUUAAAUCUCAGGAUCCCACUCUACGAGCAGAAGAAAUCUCAAAACGUGCAUCACGACGUUGGGGUCGCUUGUCGGAGAAAGAAAAGAAACCAUGGCAUGCUCUUGCUGAACAAGAAAAAUUAGCUCACAAGGAAGCCUUCCCUGAAUACCGCUAUUGUCCCAAGCGUCAUUCUUCAUCGUCCACCGCAUCUUCCUCAACAACCUCAUCCACCCUUUCUUCAUUGUCCACCCCUACCAGUGCUACCAAAACAAGCCAACCAUUGCAUUUUCACCAUGAUAUUGUUGACGCUCAAUCAAUGGUGAGUGACGAUAAUGGUAGUCAUCGAUACAAGAAGGCUAGAAGACGAACAAAAUGA